ACCAAAGCUCAAAAAAUAAAGUUUUCUACAAUUAUUUACUAAAAAUAAAUUCUUCAAAAUCAAUAAUCAAAAUGUCAAAUGCUCAACAAGCCGGUGAAUACCACGGCCAAGCUCAGGCUAAGACCGAACAACUAGCACAAUCAGCAAAGAAUACAGCACAUUCAUUGGCUGAUAAGGCUGACAAUGCUACCCAAAGUGCUCAACAAUCUGUUCAGGAAAGCAAAGAUCAACUCAACCCUGGAUUCCUUCAGCAGACUGGAGAGCAAGUGAUCCAUAUGGCUCAAGGUGCAGUUGAUGGAGUGAAGAACACACUUGGAAUUGGAUCAGACAAAAAGUGAAAAAGACAAAUAAUUAAUUAAUAAACACAUUUAUCAAUUUAAUCUCAGUUUUAAUUAUUUUUCAUUUAAUUCUAUAAUUUUCAUAUAUGCUUUAAAUUAUUAGGCAUAAGUGAAAAAAUAAUAAUAUUAGUAGUUUGUGAGAUCUCUCACAGAAAGAAUUAAAAAAAAAAUGAUUUUUAUAGAGUGAGAUGAUUUUCAUAGGUUUGGUUUAAUUAUUGUUUAAAAAUUCCAUGCACCUUAUAUUGGUGUUAUAGUGAAUUUUGUUUUAUUGAUUGAGAUUUCUCUCAUUAGAAAUUCUCAUUAUAAGUAUGUAAUAAGAAAGUUUCUUUUGUUUUUGUUAA